AUGGCAAUAGUUGGAUUAGUAGGCCGGGUAGGAUUGCUGAGGGGUGCUACUUGGGAUUACUCAAGAUGCGCUCCAACAUAUCCUAACCGUGAAACUCUGACGCGUGGAGCCCUAGGGGAUCCCACGUGUCCGAGAUGUAGAUUAGGAGCGGAGACAAUAUCCCACGUCAGUGGAGUCUGUGUUGCUCUUAAAGCACCACGGCUUGCCAGACAUAAUAAAGUCUGUAAUCUGGUGGUGAAAGAGGCUGUAGCUCAUGGUUGGAGUGUCAGUGUGGAGCCUUCCUAUAUUAUAGGAGGCUCCAGGCUGAUACUCGACCUGGUAUUUAGCUGUCCGGAUAAAGUAGUGGUCAUUGACGUGACUGUCCGAUUGGAGCAGGGAGAUGCUUUGAAAGAGGCGUCUCUUGAGAAAGUGCAUAAAUACCGUCCGCUCGUUCAAAUGCUUUUGCAGGACUUGGACCGGCUGGUAGAAGUGCAUGGACUCCCAAUCGGUGCCUGUGGUGCCUGGUGCCGACCUGCGAGUGUGGCACUGGACACCCUGGGCAUUCGUGACAGACCAUUUCGGCGACUACUCAGCCGGACAGUUAUGAUAUGUACAUAUAACAUGCUGAGAGACUAG